AUGGAUGAUUUCGACUGCGAAGCACGUGAUGUCUGCGACGCACGUGUUAGCAGCGAUGCACGUGUUCAACCGAAAGAUGUCAACGACGAAUCUUACAACAAGCAUCAAAGAUACCCGUUUGAUCAUUCUACGCCUCGUAAACUCAAUAAAAAGACAGCAUUACUUCAAGUGCUAACAAAAUCAAGAAAAGAUCACGACAUCUGUUUAUGGCUAAAGAUUCCGAAACAACAGAAACGUGGCGUGACCCGAAAAGAAAUAACGCAGGUUUCAAGAGCAAAGACCUGGCCUGGUGGUACAACCUACGGCGCAGAUAAAGGAGAUGCCCUGCAAAACUCUCACGGAAUUGUAGAGAUCGGUACAAAUGGAUCUAUUUUGACGGGAGCUCGACAACUGGAUCACAACUUUUACGGGGUUAGGAAGGCACGAUUAUUGCGCAAUUGUUUGGCAGCAUGCUCCCUUCGAGCCUUCCCUCAAACCCGCCCCCGCAUGACGACUGCCUGUAACGGCUGA